AUGGGUGGAGUUAACUUCAGAAGUCUCACAUUUAUGAUUUUAAUUGCAUUUUUUGUAUGGUGUUCAAGUAUUGAAACAUGCAUUGCUAGAAGAGGCAAGCACUGGAGGCAGAGCAGGUAUGCUGCUGCACUAUCUAAGAAGAAAGGAGGAAGUCAUGGUCAUCGCAAUUACCACAAUGGAGGAUCAAAGCCUAAACCUCCUCCUCCCCAGUCCCACAAAGCUACUCCAUCUCCUAAACCUAAAGAAGAAGUCCCCCCUUCAACUCCUUCACCCCACGGCGGUUACAGCUAUGAUCAGCAGUCUACCGUAUUCAAUGUCCUAGAUUUUGGCGCUAAAGGUGAUGGGAAAUCUGAUGAUACUAAGGCAUUUCAAGACACAUGGGCAGCUGCAUGUAAAGUGGAGGCAUCAACUGUUGUCGUUCCAGCCGAAUUUGUGUUUCUUGUAGGACCCAUUUCAUUUUCUGGUCCAUACUGUCAAGCAAACAUUGUGUUUCAGCUGGAUGGCACAAUUAUUGCUCCGACUGAUGCUCGACCCUGGGGAAAAGGUCUUCUGCAGUGGCUUGAAUUUACAAAGCUGAAAGGUAUAGCAAUUCAAGGAAAAGGCAUCCUUGAUGGAAGAGGCUCAGGGUGGUGGCAAGAUGCCCCGUAUGAAGAUCCCUAUGAUGAUGAAAGAAAACUCAUAAUUCCAUUAAACAGCACAGUUCAAGAAAGGCCACCAAUGCCGGUCAGAAAUGAACUCAGUGGAAAAAUGCCGAGCAUCAAACCAACUGCACUUAGGUUUUAUGGGAGUUUUAACGUGACAGUCACGGGCAUAACAAUUCAAAACAGUCCUCAAUGCCAUCUCAAGUUCGAUAAUUGCAUGGGAGUUGUGGUGCACGAUAUUACCGUCUCAUCUCCUGGGGACAGUCCUAAUACAGAUGGAAUUCACCUACAGAACUCCAAUGAUGUGCUAAUUCAUAGCAGUAAUCUCGCCUGUGGAGAUGACUGUGUUUCCAUACAAACAGGGUGCUCAAAUGUCUACAUACACAAUGUGAACUGUGGACCAGGGCAUGGAAUAAGCAUUGGAAGCUUAGGAAGGGAUAAUACUAAAGCCUGUGUCUCAAACAUCACUGUCAGGGAUAUCGUUAUGCAUAACACAAUGAAUGGUGUCAGAAUUAAGACAUGGCAGGGUGGAUCGGGAUCUGUUCAGGGGGUUCUGUUCUCAAACAUUCAAGUUUCCGAGGUCCAACUUCCAAUUGUGAUCGAUCAGUUCUACUGCGACAAAAGGAAAUGUUCGAACGAAACAGCUGCAGUCGCUCUAUCAGGAAUCACCUAUGAAAAAAUAAGAGGAACAUACACAGUAAAACCUGUCCACUUUGCCUGCAGCGAUAGCCUUCCAUGUAUAGGUGUAACCUUAUCUGCCAUUGAACUAAAACCAGUGCAGGAACGUUACCACCUCUAUGAUCCAUUCUGUUGGCAAACUUUCGGAGAGUUGACCACCCCUACUGUUCCUCCAAUCAGUUGUUUACAGAUUGGGAAGCCAACAAAUAACAGAGUCCAAUCUGAUCAUGAUGUGUGCUGAGCAUUAGUGUAGGUAAUUCAUGUGGUGCAUUCGCUUGUGUGGUCGGCAGUGAUCUCCUGACCCCUCACACCAUUCGUUUGUUAAGUGUAGAGUGUAUAUUUAUUUAGGCCUCAUCCUAGCUUAUAGGCAUUCUUCUUUGAAUGGGAUCAUACCGGUUCCUAGUUUCCACUAUGAGAGAUUAUACAAGCAUGUUAUCAGGUAAAGUCCAAUACUGGAGUACAAGACUGUCUUGUUCAUUAAGGCAGAUUAUUUGAUUGUGAGAUAUUUAUACAAAUGCAUUAUCCACCAGAUGUUCAUCAAUA